GCUGAGGCAAGGUUCUUUGGUUCAAGACCUCCAGUUAAAUCACUUUUCUCCUGCAAAGCCUUUCCUACAACGAUGGCUUAAUCGUGUAAUUAUGUAAACCAGUUACAAUGCGGAUAGCUAAAACAAAAAAAAAAACCAAUUCCCUACGCCCAAGCCAAAGCCAGCUCCCCCUCGCCGCGCUACAUCCCUAACACCCGGCGCUCCCUCCCCUGAAGCCAGGUUUCGGUUCAACCGACCGCUACCGGAAAUGGGAGAAGCUACUGGCGCAAAGGAGAGAGGCGGGACUUGAUCUCCGGGCAACGGCCCUGGCGAUUGGCCAGCUCCUUCACCAGCCAAUGACAGGCUCCCUGAAGCGUUCGGCUAGCCGACUGCGGCUGCGCGGGAGAUUCGAAUUGGCGGCGGCUACUGGCUUGUGGUGAGAGUUUGGCUGCAGCCGGCCAGCAUCUUCUGGCCAUGGACACCCCGGAAAAUGCCCUUCAGAUGUUUGAAGCCCAUAUGCAGAGCUACAAGGGCAAUGACCCUCUUGGUGAAUGGGAAAGCUACAUACAGUGGGUAGAAGAGAAUUUUCCUGAGAAUAGAGAAUACUUGGCAACUUUACUAGAACAUUUAAUGAAGGAAUUUUUAGAUAAGAAGAAAUACCACAAUGACCCAAGAUUCAUCAAUUAUUGUUUAAAAUUUGCUGAGUACAACAGUGACCUCCAUCAGUUUUUUGAGUUUCUGUACAACCAUGGGAUUGGAACCCUGUCAUCCCUUCUGUACAUAGCCUGGGCGGGGCAUCUGGAAGCCCAAGGAGAGCUGCAGCAUGCCAGUGCUGUCCUCCGGAGAGGAAUUCAAAACCAGGCUGAACCUAGAGAGCUCCUGCAACAACAGUACAGGUUAUUUCAGACACGCCUCACUGAAACCCAUUUGCCAGCUCAAGCUAGAACCUCAGAACCUCUGCAUAAUGUUCAAAUUUCAAACCAAAUGGUAACAUCAAAAUCAAAUCCAGGAAAUAGUAUGGCCUGUAUUUCUAAGAAUCAGGGUUCAGAGCUUUCAGGAGUGAUAUCUUCAGCUUGUGAUAAAGAGUCAAAUAUGGAACACAGAGUGAUCAUGAUUUCUAAAUCAGAAUAUUCUGUGCACUCAUCUUUGGCAUCCAAAGCUGAUGUUCAACAGGUUGUUAUGUAUUGCAAGGAGAAGCUUAUUCGUGGGGAAUCAGAAUUUUCCUUUGAAGAAUUGAGAGCCCAGAAAUACAAUCAACGGAGAAAGCAUGAGCAAUGGGUAAAUGAAGACAGACAUUAUAUGAAAAGGAAAGAAGCAAAUGCUUUUGAAGAACAGCUAUUAAAACAGAAAAUGGAUGAACUUCAUAAGAAGUUGCAUCAAGUGGUGGAGACAUCCCAUGAGGAGCUGCCCACUUCUCAGGAAAGGUCUGAGGUUAAUCCAGCAUGUAUGGGACCAAGCAUAGGCUCCCAGCAGGAACUGAGAGCUCCAUGUCUUCCAGUCAUCUAUCACCAGACACCAGUGAACAUGGAAAAGAACCCAAGAAAGGCACCUCCUGUUGUUCCUCCUUUGGCAAAUGCUAUUUCUGCAGCUUUGGUGUCCCCAUCUACUAGCCAGAGCAUUCCUCCUCCUGUUCCUUUGAAAGCCCAGGCAGUAACAGACUCCAUGUUUGCAGUGGCCAGAACGGAUGCUGGAUGUGUGAAUAAGAGUACUCAUGAAUUUAAGCCACAGAGUGGAACAGAGAUAAAAGAAGGGUAUGAAACACAUAAGGUUGCCAGCACAAGUUCUUUCCACACAACUCCAAACACAUCACUGGGAAUGGUUCAGGCAACACCGUCCAAAGUGCAGCCAUCACCCACUGUGCACACAAAAGAAGCAUUAGGUUUCAUAAUGAAUAUGUUUCAAGCUCCUACACUUCCUGAUAUUUCUGAUGACAAAGAUGAAUGGCAAUCUCUAGAUCAAAAUGAAGAUGCAUUCGAAGCCCAGUUUCAAAAAAAUGUAAGGUCAUCUGGGGCUUGGGGAGUCAAUAAGAUUAUCUCUUCUUUGUCAUCUGCUUUUCAUGUGUUUGAAGAUGGAAACAAAGAAAAUUACGGAUUACCACAGCCUCAAAAUAAACCAACAGGAACCAGGACCUUUGGAGAACGCUCUGUCAGCAGAUUUCCUUCAAAACCAAAUGAAGUUCCUCAUGCUGAAGAGUUUUUGGAUGAUUCAACCGUAUGGGGUAUUCGCUGCAACAAAACCCUAGCACCCAGUCCUAAGAGCCCAGGAGACUUCACAUCUGCUGCACAACUUGCAUCUACACCAUUCCAUAAACUUCCAGUGGAGUCAGUGCUCAUUUUAGAAGAUAAAGAAAAUGUGGCAGCAAAACAGUGCACCCAUGUGACUUUGGAUUCUUGGGAAGAAAAUGUGGUGCCUUCAAGGGACAGAAAAUUCAGUCCAAUUCAAGAGAAAAGCCCAGAACAGGCCUUCUCCUCUGAGGUGUAUUCAGCAUCCUUACUCCGUCUGAGCCAGCCUGCUGCAGGUGGGAUACUUACCUGUGAGGCAGAGCGAGGCCUUGAGGCUUGCAGACUCACAGACACUGACACUGUCAUUGUAGAAGAUCCUCCGGAUGCUACUGCUGGGCUCCAAGCAGAACAGAUGCAGACGAGUUCACUUGAGGAAGUUGAUGAUCCAAACUUCAUUGUUGAGAACCCAUGGGAUGAUAAGCUGAUUUUCAAACUUUUAUCUGGGCUUUCUAAACCAGUGAGUUCCUAUCCAAAUGUUUUUGAAUGGCAAUGUAAACUUCCAGCCAUCAAGCCCAAGACUGAAUUUCAAUUGGGUUCUGAGCUGAUCUAUGUCCAUCACCUUCUUGGAGAAGGAGCCUUUGCUCAGGUGUAUGAAGCUACCCAGGGAGAGGUGAAUGAUGCUAAAAAUAAACAGAAAUUUGUUUUAAAGGUCCAGAAGCCUGCUAACCCCUGGGAAUUCUACAUUGGAACUCAGCUGAUGGAGAGACUAAAGCCAACUAUGCAUCACAUGGUUAUCAAGUUCUAUUCUGCUCACUUAUUCCAGAAUGGCAGUAUAUUAGUAGGAGAGCUCUACAGCUAUGGAACAUUAUUAAAUGCCAUUAACCUCUAUAAAAAUACCCCUGAAAAAGUGAUGCCUCAAGGUCUCGUUAUCUCUUUUGCUAUGAGAAUGCUUUACAUGAUUGAGCAAGUGCAUGACUGUGAAAUCAUUCAUGGAGACAUUAAGCCAGACAAUUUCAUACUUGGAAACAGAUUUUUGGAACAGGAUGAUGAAGAUGAUUUAUCUGCUGGCUUGGCACUGAUUGACCUGGGUCAGAGUAUAGAUAUGAAACUUUUUCCAAAAGGAACUGCAUUCACAGCAAAAUGUAACACAUCUGGUUUUCAGUGUGUUGAGAUGCUCAGUAACAAACCAUGGAACUACCAGAGCGAUUACUUUGGGGUUGCUGCAACAGUAUAUUGCAUGCUCUUCGGCACUUACAUGAAAGUGAAAAAUGAAGGAGGAGUGUGGAAGCCUGAAGGUCUUUUUAGAAGGCUUCCUCAUUUGGAUAUGUGGAAUGAAUUUUUUCACAUCAUGUUGAAUAUUCCGGAUUGUCAUCAUCUUCCAUCUUUGGAUUUGUUAAGGCAAAAGCUGAAGAAAAUAUUUCAGCAACACUAUACUAACAAGAUUAGGGCUCUACGUAAUAGGCUAAUUGGACUGCUCUUAGAAUGUAUGCGUUCACGGAAAUAAAAAUUGGAUAUAGACAAUCCUUAAAAAACACACUGUAAAUAUAAAUCUGCUCAUUUUGAACCUUGAUUUUUUCCAUUUAUUGUUUAUGUACAUGUUUGUUAAAAAUAAAUCCCAUAGAAUAUGUGCAUGU